UGCCAAAAUGUCCAUGAAAGCAUUCACAUCUGCUAACAGAUUUAAGAAAGUGCCUGACUAUAAGACCAUGUUCAGUAAUUUGGAACGUUUUCCAAGUUACACCAUUCAGCUAGAUCGUAAUGACCCCGUCCCAAAAUUUGUUGAUCAACGCUGGAGAGGAUAUGGAGAGAAAAAACAAGAAGCCAUCAGGCAACUGGCAAUGCAUGACCCUUCUCUUAAAAUGCAAUUACAAAUAGAGCAAGAUCCACAAGUUAGCGGCAAAAACCGGUAUAAGUAUUUCACAAGACCUAUUAUUCCCUUUGUUCAACAGUUACCUGUGAAUGCAAUUCUGGACGUUUCCAAGGGUGGCACACCAACCAACAUUAUAAGUUUUGAUAAUCAAUUUUUACCUGUACGGACUGUGGCCGUGCAAACAGAUUACAGGGACAGUGAAACGCAAACUGAACCAUACUCUCCAGAAUAUGUUGUGCGGCCUGGUUCAGCUCCUGAACUCCUUACACUUGCUGCAUUGAAAUUUGGCAGAGGCUUGCCAGCAGGCUUAGCAGAAGUGGAGAUGAUUGAACGUGCACGAGCAAAGCGUGCUUGGGAAGCUACUCUGCCUCCAUUGAGUGAUCGGUCACAACGUGAGAAGAGGAAGAGGAUGAUGGAGGCAAUGGAAAGAAAUGAGUGGGCAUUCCGGGAACAAGAAAUUGAAAAGCUUCAGGAAAUUCGACUGGAUGUUCUGAUGAAAUUGUUAAGCCAACGUGAAGCAAAGCAACAGGAAAUGAAUGUAAAACGGGUUGAUUCAAUUUGGUCAAAACUUCAGCACAAGAAAGGAGUGGCUAUAAAGAAGAUAAGAUUGAAGCACAUCAAAGAAAUAAGAAAAUUAACAGCUAAAAGAAGAAAUGUGGAAGGGAAGCUUGAGCGGCGUACCUGCAUCCAGGACUAUGCCGAUUAUGGAUCACAAGUUUAUGCACCAGUUUCUCGAAAUGGCCGGUUUCCAGACCAGAAUGCAGAACGUUUCAUUGUAAAAAGUCAUUUUCUUUCCACAUUUAAUGGUAUAUUAGAAUUAGAGGAAACUCUACCAGAUUUUGUCACUCAACCACGAAUACGAAUUCAGAGACCAAAAAAAACAACAAAGGAUGGCACUUUGAAUUAUGCUGCACGAAGAGAGAUGGAGCUUGCUAAAAUUCAUAAGGCAAUACGGGAAGCGAAAUUUAAAGGGGCACAACCAGAAAAGCCACUUCGCUUCCUGUUUAAGAUUUUAAAACCUGUUCGUCGUCCCCCAACGCCAACUGUUGAGCAACCACCUGAGGGUGAAGAGGAAAGAUAUCUAGCUAUCAUUUAUCUGCAGAAAUUAAUUAGAGGAAGGACUGUUCAGAAUAUGAUGUUUGAAGGCAAAGAGAAGCGUAUAGAGCUGAUUCAGGAACUCCGCACCACCCAUGCACUCCAAGAGGACAAACAACUUCUGAAGCAAGCAGAAAUGCAGGCUAUAUUGGCCUUGCAAUAUGAACGAAAUCUACAGCAGCAAAAGCUUUCUACAAUGGAAGAUUAUCUCUCACAUGUCGAAGGUCAUGUACUCGCAGACAUGUUUGACUUCCUGAAUAAGGAGCUGCUGCGGCUGCAAGAGGAACGACGCAUCCAUGCAAUUGUUAUGUUGGCUGAGCGUCGCCGUCGGAUCAGAGAGGCAGAAGAAAGUGGUUUACGUCAAGUAGAGGAAAGACGCAGAAGGGAAGAAGAUGAAAUUUUCAAACAGGUUGUUAAAGUACAUCAGACCACUGUGGACUCAUAUUUAGAGGAUAUCUUAUUGAAAUCUGUGCAAGAUACAGCAGAGGAUCAAGCACGCCAAGAAAUCCGUAAAAUGGCUGAUGAAAUCAACGAUAUUGCCUAUAAACUUGAACAGAACCGAUCUGAAUUACAAGCAGAAGAGAUUGUUUCAGAAUUGGUCCAUGGCUUUCUAAUUCCAGAAGCACACAAAAUAAUAAUGAGGGAAAGAGUAAAGCACUUUCAAAGUAGGCAUCUCCUUGUUGCCCACCGCAUUAUUCAUAAUGAGGCUGAACAUAUCAUGACCAAUGCAGCUCCACCUGUAUCAGCAUCCAGCAGUGCUGCCACAGACAUCCUGAAUCAAGUACUGACCGAAGUUGAAAAAGAGAUGAUGAAGGAGACACAAGGAUCUUAA